GCCGCUGAUUUUGCCCCCUGUCACACUCCCAGAUCAUUCCUGAUCUUCUCACUCCCGAGUCAAAUUUGACAAACACUGACCCCGUCCUUCCCACCCACGGCCACGAUGAGUGAAGAGUCCAACGAGGCACUGACGCCCGGCUCGCCCGAACAGUACGCUAUCGGCGUCUCAUUCGGAAACUCGUACAGUUCGAUAGCACAUAUCACUGGCGAGGGCAAAGUCGAGGUUAUCGCCAACGAAGAGGGCGAUCGACAAAUUCCUUCCAUUCUCUCGUACGUCGAUGGCGAAGAAUUCCACGGCACCCAGGCCAAAGCACAGUUGGUUCGCAACAGCAAGAAUACCAUUGCCUACUUUAGGGACUACAUUGGCAAGGAAUACAAGUCGAUAGACCCCACGCCUUGUCAUGCCUCGGCACACCCUAUCGAGAGCGAUGGGACAAUCGCCUUCUCGGUGCACGACACCGACAGUGAAACCGCCAACAACGUCACAGUGCCCGAGGUCACCAUCAGACAUCUCCGGCGGCUUAAGAACUCGGCAUCCGACUACGUUGGCAAGACAGUGACCUCCGCUGUAGUAGCAGUCCCUACCGACACCAAUGAUGAACAAAAGGCUGCGAUCUCCAAAGCUGCCGAAAGCCUCCAAAUCAGCAUCCUUCAAUUCAUCCCCGAACCCAUCGCAGCCUUACUCGCCUACGAUUCUCGAUCAUCAGACUCGGCCACAGACAAGACUGUGCUUGUCGUCGACUUGGGCGGCAACCGAUCAGAUGCUGCUAUCAUUGCAUCAAGAGGAGGGCUGUACACCAUUCUUGCCACGGCACACGACUACGAGCUGGGAGGCGCACAACUCGACCAGGUGCUGGUGGAUCAUUUCGCCAAGGAAUUUGAGAAGAAACACAAGUCCGACCCUCGCAAGAACGAGCGAGCGCUUGCGAAGAUGAAGAUUGAGGCCGAAGCCGUCAAGAAGACUCUCAGUCAAAGCACCAGUGCCACCUUCAGUGUGGAAAGUCUGGCAGAUGGCAUUGAUUUCCGAUCGACAGUGAACCGAACACGAUAUGAGAUUCUUGCUCUAAAGACCUUUACAAAGUUCACACAGCUGGUCAAUGAAGUGAUCAAGAAGGCUGGACUGGAUGUUCUGGAUAUCGACGAGGUCAUCUUGUCCGGCGGAGCCUCUCAUACACCGAAGAUUGCCAAUAACAUUGCCGCACUCUUCCCUGACUCGAUCAAUGUCUUUUCACCAUCCACUUCGGCCAGCGCCCUCAAUCCAUCUGAACUGUCUGCUCGAGGAGCCGCGCUUCAAGCAUCCCUGGUGGAGGAGUUUGAGAAAGAGGACAUCGAGCAGUCAACCCACGAGAUGGUGACGGUGACACCACAUCUGACAAACGCCAUCGGCUACCAAGUGAGCGGCAAGGCAGGAUUCACCAUCAUUGUCCCCACCGACACAGCUGUGCCUGCACGGAGAACACAGGUUAUUUCAGGAUUGGAAGGCGACGUGCUGGUACGCAUCAGUGAAGGAGAGCGGGAAAUCAAAGUGACCCAGCCGCCUCCCAAGGCGAAAGCAGAGACCAACGGAGCCAAGGCCAGUGACGACGAGGACUCGGACGAAGACGAAUCCGAGGAGGAGCCAGAAGAGAUUCGCGAAAAGGCGUGGAAGCCCAAACAACCAUUGGCCGAGUUCAUUUUCCAAGGAUUGAAGAAGAACUCCAAACUUGAAGUUAUCGUCAACGUGGAUGCCGAGUUGGCACUCAAUAUCUCGGCGCGGCAGGUCGGCGGUAAGGGUGGUGUGCGAGGCGAGAUCAAGGCUUCAGGGGUUACUCCUAAUGGCAGUGCAUAGAGUUUCUCAGCGGUGGUUACGGGCCAGGUAGAGAGAGAAAUCUAGAGAGAUGAAGGUGAUGACGAUGACGAGGACGGUUGAUAGGGCUUUCGAGGAAGGACCAGGGAAGGUCGGAAGGUCUGGUGCCUGUUCCUCCUCGUGCUUUAUAGUCUUAUUGUUAUUAAGUCAUCCGCGGCAUUUCACUGGCGCUUUUGAAAGGGGACGAUGACGAUGAUGAUCACGGGGCGGGUGUUGUUGUUGGACGUUUUGAGUCCAACAUACCUAGUUUCAUAGACAGCAACAAAGCAGAAGCAGACCAGAGACUA